ACUCAAACCCCCGAGCACAUAUAUCUAUCGAUCCAUUCCGCGGAGCACUCAAUUUUCAGCAUAUGCCUUCUUCUUCUCCAUGCGUUUCUUCUGCGGGUGCCUGAGGCGGCGACUGGGACGCCGCCACGGCGGCGGCGGAGAAGAUGACGCGGGAAACGACGGACCGGACUUGUUCUUCGACCUCCCCACUCUUCAGAUUGCCACCAACUUCUUCUCCGAUCUCAACCAGCUCGGUCAGGGCGGGUUCGGCCCGGUCUACAAGGGAUUGAUGCCAAAUGGUCAAGAAGUUGCUGUUAAGAAGUUAUCAUUAAAUUCAAGGCAGGGAAUUGGAGAAUUUACAAAUGAGGUGAAACUGCUGCUGAGAAUUCAGCACAAAAACUUAGUUAUAUUGUUGGGUUGCUGCGUCGAAGGCCCCGAGAAGAUGCUUGUUUACGAAUAUCUGCCCAAUAAGAGCCUGGACUAUUUCCUCUUUGAUAGGAAGACACCUACUCCUUUAGAUUGGAGAACAAGAUUUCAGAUUGUCUCAGGCAUUGCAAGGGGUCUUCUCUACCUACAUGAAGAAGCUCCAGAAAGAAUCAUUCAUAGAGACAUCAAAGCGAGUAACAUAUUGCUGGAUGAGCAGUUGAACCCCAAGAUCUCAGAUUUUGGUUUGGCAAGAUUGUUUCCAGGAGAAGACACCCAUUUACUCACGUUUAAGAUUUCCGGUACACGCGGUUACAUGGCUCCAGAAUAUGCAAUGCACGGAUAUUUAUCAGUGAAAACAGACGUCUUUAGUUUCGGGGUCUUGGUAUUGGAAAUUGUGAGUGGCAGAAAGAAUAAUGACGAAACACUUGGUCCUGAAAUGGCUGACCUUUUAAACUAUACUUGGACGCUUUUUCAAGCUCGUAAGACCCUAGAACUAGUUGACACCAGCCUCGAAAGCUGCAAUCCUGACGAGGCAGCAAUGUGCAUUCAGAUUGGGCUGCUAUGCUGCCAAUCGGCUGUACCCGAAAGGCCCAACAUGAACUCUGUCCAUCUCAUGCUAUCCAGUGAUUCGUUCACUCUCCCCAAGCCUGGAAAACCCGCAACACACGGCCGGUUGGGGAGAUGGGCCACCACGGGUUCGAGCGGUUUCACCAAAAGUACUGGUUCCAGCAGCGCACAAACAGGAGUCACUAAGACCUCAGGAGGCAAUUCGAUAUCCUAUUCUUCUUUGGAUGAAGGCAGGUGACUUUCAUUUGUAGGACUCUAGGGCCUAGUUGGAUGGAGGGGUUUGGAGGGAAUGACAAUGGAGAGCUAAGCUAGUCUAUAUCUUGAUCAGUGGAAUGUUUUUUCAAAAUGAAUAAAAUUUGGUUGAAAUG